UUAGCAGCCUUGAAGGGUUCGAUUCCAAUAGUAGAUUUACUGAUACAGAAAUAUCAUGUCAAUAUGGUUCAUACCAAUGGAGAACAGAUGGUGCUGACCAUUGCCUGCCGAGAAAACAGAGUAGAGUUAGUAGAGCAUUUAGUCAAGACCUAUGGAUGCAAUAUACAUGUAAACCAUGAAAAGCAUUUACGGAAUGCAUGUCUUUAUGGCUAUCAUGAUCUUGUACAUUUCUUGCUGUCUUUAGAUGUGGAUGUUCAUGCCUAUCAUGAUGCUGCUAUUCAAAAUGCUGCUUAUAAGGGAUUCUCUUCAAUUGUCAAGAUGCUAUUGGACGCAGGUGCAUAUGCAGACGCAAAUCAAAAUGCUUGUAUUCAAUAUGCGAUUACCAAUAAUGAUUUGGAAACAGUGCAACAUUUAAUCCAAGCAGGUGUGCAUCCACGAUCAGAUAAUGAUUGGCCACUUAGACAUGCAUGUCGGCGUGGAUUGGAUGCCAUUGUGCUUUAUUUGCUGGACUGUAUAGGUGAGCAUGGACCCAACGUACAAGAAGGCAUGCCACUAGAAGAAGCAUUGAUGCAUGGUCAUGUCUCUAUUGUUCGAAUCUUGUUGGACCGAGGUGCAAAUCCAAACAGUCGUAAAGCGAUUCGAGGCCUAAGGUACAUUGUAAAUCCUAAAUCAAAGACGCUGAAUAAGGAUACCAUGAUUAGCAUGUUGACGAAUGCUGGUCUA